CCGGCGGUUCCGGUCGUCGAGGCUGAGCUUCGUGCGUGGCGGCGCUUUGUCGGCCGCGGCCGUUAGGGAGAAAGCGAGAGGCAGGCGGGCGCUCGCUCUGCUCGACCCUCCUCCGCCCUUCCUACCCAACUUGUCUGCGGAGGUCUGACGAUGAGUUCUCUGGGCGGCGGCAAAAAGGAGGAAAAGGGCAAGAACAUUCAAGUGGUGGUGAGGUGUAGGCCCUUCAAUGCAUCUGAGAGGAAAGCUAAUUCCUAUGCUGUGGUGGAGUGUGAGCAUUCAAGGAAAGAAGUGAUGGUUCGCACAGGAGGGGUUAAUGAUAAAACAUCAAGAAAAACUUACACAUUUGAUAUGGUUUUUGGAGCUCAGGCUAAACAAAUUGAUGUGUACCGAAGUGUUGUGUGUCCCAUUUUGGAUGAAGUACUUAUGGGCUAUAAUUGCACUGUGUUUGCCUAUGGUCAAACUGGUACAGGAAAGACCUUCACCAUGGAAGGGGAGAGAUCACCUAAUGAAGAAUAUACAUGGGAAGAGGAUCCACUAGCUGGUGUAAUUCCCCGUACUCUGCAUCAAAUAUUUGAAAAGCUUGCAGAAAAUGGUACAGAAUUUUCUGUGAAAGUAUCUUUGCUAGAAAUCUACAAUGAGGAACUCUUCGAUCUUUUGAAUCCAUCUCCAGAUGUUGGGGAGAGACUGCAGAUGUUUGAUGACCCCCGUAACAAGAGGGGUGUCAUAAUCAAAGGUUUGGAAGAAAUAACUGUUCAUAACAAGGAUGAAGUCUAUCAGAUCUUAGAAAGAGGAGCAGCAAAAAGAACCACUGCAGCUACUUACUUGAACCAAUAUUCCAGUCGAUCCCAUUCGGUGUUCUCUGUCACAUUGCAUAUGAAAGAAACAACAACAGAUGGAGAAGAACUUGUUAAAAUUGGGAAGCUAAAUUUGGUUGAUCUGGCAGGAAGUGAAAACAUUGGUCGUUCUGGAGCUGUUGACAAAAGAGCUCGUGAAGCUGGAAAUAUCAACCAGUCCUUAUUGACUCUGGGAAGGGUCAUUACUGCACUUGUUGAAAGAACCCCACAUGUCCCAUACAGAGAAUCUAAGCUUACUAGAAUCCUGCAGGACUCUCUCGGGGGACGCACAAAAACAUGUAUAAUAGCAACUGUUUCUCCUGCAUCCAUCAAUCUUGAGGAAACCCUGAGUACUCUUGAAUAUGCCCACAGAGCAAAGAAUAUCAUGAAUAAGCCUGAAGUGAACCAGAAGCUCACAAAAAGAGCACUUAUCAAGGAGUAUACAGAAGAGAUUGAACGCUUGAAACGAGACCUUACAGCUGCACGUGAGAAAAAUGGUGUCUACAUUUCUCUGGAAAACUAUAAUGCUCUUCAUGGGAAUUUGACAGUUCAGGAAGAACAAAUUGCAGAGUAUAUUGAAAAGAUUGCAGCAAUGGAGGAAGAACUGAAAAAAGUCACAGAGUUAUUUACAGUUCAAAAAGCUGAAAUGGAAAAGUGUCGGACAGACCUUCAGAUCAAAGAAAAAGAACUGGAAGACACCCAGAAGCACUUGGAAACAACUAAGAUCCUCCUUGAAGAAGAAGAGUACGUGGCAUCAGUUCUGGAGGAUACUGAAGAGAAACUUCAUGGCACUGCAACCAAGCUGCUUAGUACAGUUAAAGAAACCACUGAAGAUGUGUCUGGUCUACAUGCAAAACUAGAUCGUAAGCAUGCAGUUGAACAGCAUAAUGCAGAAGCCCAAAGGACAUUUAUGGAUAGUAUGAAUGCACUCUUCCUUAAAAUGCAGGAAUCUGUUAAUCAAAACUAUUGGAAACAACAGGACAUGCUCAACUCGUACACAUUAUCUGCUGGUGAUCUUCUGUCUGCUAGCUCUUCAGCCUUUGGAAUUACUGCAGCAGUUAUAGAGGCAGCAUUCACCUCCCUAAAAGAGACUGUUUCAGUUGAAGUCUCUCUAGCUUCUGAAAAGAUGCUGAGGCAGGAGGCACUUAACCUGGAAAAUAGAAAUGAUCUGCAGCAACUGAUAGACGAGCAUUCAUCUGCAUUGGACAGAGCAUUAAGUAGUUUGUCACCUGUGGUACAACUUGUGUUGAAUUUAAAUGCUCAACUCCAGAACAACUUAAAGAAAUAUUCAUCCCUAGCUGAAAAGAUGACAGGCUUUAAAGAGGAAAUGACCCUUUUCUUCCAAGAUCAUUCUCUUGCUUUGAGUAAACUACAAGAAGACUGUUCCCAGAUGUUUGCUCAACUUCAACAUGACUGCGAAAGUCUGCAGAAAGAAAUAGAAUUGGCAAAGCUGGCACAAAAAAAGGGUACAGCCCAGCUUAUUGCUUCUCUGCAAGACCAACUGAACCUGCUAGACCAAGAAACUCAGCAGAACCUAAGUGGAGUCCUAGAAAACGGAGGAAGGCUCAAAAUGAAUAUUAAUCUUGUCCAAGAAAACAUAACUGUGCAAAGUAUUGGCCUUGUCAAUUCUACAGCUUCCCAGCACAGCUUAUUUAACCAGCCUCUGGAUGACUUUAUCCAAGAAAUCAGGCAUUCCAGCAAUGAAAAUGUUAAGAUACUCUUGGAAGCAGCUAGUCACUGUAAGGUCCUGGGCAAUAGCCUGACAGAUGUGAGCCAAGCAACAAGUGACUGGGCUGAAAUUGCAACUAAAAAGAUGGUCUGCCUAGCUGACCAACAGAGUGCCUUCCUCAACAGCGGGAAAGAACAUCUAAAACACAUCUGUAAGAAUGUAGAUGCCAGUUGCAAUACAUCAAUUGCUGAAGUCACAGACCAUAUUGAGAGACAAAAAGAUACUGAACAGGUGGUCCUCAAAAGGAUCCUGGACAAGAUGCAGAACGAUAAGAAUGUACUUACAAACCAGAAAGAGAUACUCCUUGAAGAAACAGAAGGUGGUUUAAGUCGAAUUAAUGGCUUUGUGUCAGAGGAACUGAAAGUAGAUAUCCCAACAGGAAGUACCCCACAAAGGAAAGAUUACUGUUACCCACUGACAGUUGUGAAAACAGAACCCCGUGAUCUCUUGCUUGACAAGUUAAGAAAAAAGCAGGGAGAGCUAACAGCUGUAUUGCAGGCUGCUGCAACAAAUGGGACUACCAGGGUCCUGGAUCAGGAUUCUUCGGAGAAUGAAGAGGAGAUAAGGGAUACCAGUGAGUGCCCAUUCAGUGAAAAAUCUUAUUUGGAGACAAGUGUGUGUAUUCAGACAAGUGGUGGUGUGCCUUUCUUCCAGCAUAAAAAGAGCGUCAAAAAGGAAAAGGAGAACAAACCAGCAAUCUUCCUGGAAAGGGCCAAGGAGGAUUCAGCAGACACAUAUCUUUCAAAAUCAAAGUAUCCUCUAAGAACACAAAACUAACUGUGCACCACCUCCUUCUUUCUUUCGUCCUUUCUAGUUUUGCAUAGUUUAUCAGCUUGAGCUCUGUAUGUAGUAUUAUAGUGUUGCAGGUUACCUGUAAAAAGAUGUAAUAAUACCUGGCUGCUUCUUAUACAGUGUCAUUUGCCUUUUUUUCAAAUUUUAAAACAUCCUACUUUAGUGUUCUUAAAUAAAGACCUUAAUAGUA